AGUAUUGAUUUUUUAAUAGACAUAUAAUUUAUAAUAUUUGUAAUUUUUCAUGUAGUCAUUUAUUAUAAAAUCAAUGAUACAAAUAUUUAGCAUAAUACACCUAAUGCCUAAACCCACGAUUACCGGCGGCUUAUGUGAAUCGCGCAUGCGUAUACGAAUUGUAAUUUUCAUGUGUUUAACACAGAUAAUUCUAGUACUUUAAAUACCAGAUAAUUUUUUUUCCCCUUAAUAAAAUUAUAUGAUAGCGUACAGUGUACACUCGUACACACACACACAUACACACACUCACUCACACACACACACACACACACACAUACAUGCACACAUCGUUUGUACUUCGUAUUGCUAUUUGCUAUUGUCAAAAUCUGUCAGUCCGUUUUAAAGGUUACUUAGUUUCGAUCAUAUACCUCAGAAGACCACAAUAGUACACUACCGCAGUCACUGGUCAGUACUCAUCACAACACUGCUGUCUUCAACUUAUCAUACCUAAUUGCAGUUUAUUGACAUCACCAACACACCACGAACAGAAUUAUCGAAGUACCUAUCACGAUGGUAAACGUAAGUGUUAAUAUAUAACUGCAUAAUGAAUUUGGUGGCUGAUUAUAUGAAUGCUUUUCCCAAAAAUCCACCCAAUGCACCCAUUAACAUUUGUAUGCAACAUGACCUUAUAUGUCCUUGAAAUUAUGACCCUUUCAACGGCCAUGCAAAUGCUAGUCUACCGGUCUCUAACGCCUGUAGGUGGUUCGGUUAGAUGUCUAAAUCUCUUCAGUUUUCAAAUAGGUUAUUCGGCAAACAUUAUUACCUAUAUUAUUUUAAACUACCUUUUAAUAACUAUAUUGCAACUUCCCAGAGGAUUACUUAUCAUAUAAAACUGCUCUAUGAACGACAAUCUAUUUAUUUACAGACUAUUUAUUUUUUUAUUUAAUAGAAAAUUGUGUAACAAAUUUAUCCAAAAAUUCUCUCUUUUAAACAUGGUAAAAUUUUUAUUUUGAAUUUAGAGAAAUAAUUUUUGAGAUCUAGUUCCUGAGUAAACUUUGUUGCUAUAUUAUCAAACAUAUAUAGAGAUAAAAUAUUUUACUGUAACACCCCUUUAAUAUCAAGUUAAUUCAAAAUUUAACCUAAUUUAUCUCAGAUUUAUGAUUGAAUAAAAUACAUUUUUUUUUUUUAUAAUUAGGUACUGCCUAUUUUAACCAGAUAUAGUUUUAUAAUAUUUCAUAUUAUUUUAACCGCUAAUUUUGAUUUCUCCCAAAAUUCUCUAUAAACUUAAAUAAAAACUAAAAUAAUAUCAUAUCCAUCUAUUUAUUUAAUUAGGUGGAUAAUUAACCAAAUUAAAAAAAAUAAUUUUACUUUUCAUCCGUGCCACCAAAAUAACUAAUAAUCAACAAAAAUGAUUUCAUUUUUAUAUCAAAAAUACCGAAUACUUAGGUGAGCCACGUUUUCGGAAAUCUGGCUUUGAAGUACAUACAAACCUGUUAAUCCACUUUUUUAUGUAAAUUUUCAAAUCUAUGUGCUAUUGAUUUUACACAGACAGAUACUUCUUUUUAUUUAUAUAGACAAGUGCCUACAUAUACCAUUAUCUUAAUUUAAAAUGUUUAAAUAUUUAUUCUUUAGACAUUUUUUCAGAUAAUAAUAUAUCUGAUUAUAUUAAAUAUAUUUUAAUAUAUCUGAACUUUAUUAAAAGUGUAAAUCAUAAAAAUUAUUUAACAAGACUUGAUUUCAAUUUCAUAAUGAACUUGAAUUUGAAGGUAUGUUGUAUAUUAUAGUUAUAUACUUUUACCUACAGGUUACAAUUAAAAAAGGAAUUGGAAUUAUAAUGAUAAUUUAUUAAUUAGAAUAUUUAUACUCAGUUUAGUGUUUACCAAUAUUUUUAGUGUUUUAAUUAAAAUAAUCUUGGUGUAUACUCAAAAUUAAUUCUUAUCUACAUUAUAUUUCAAAAAGAAAUAAAUAGAAUGUCAUUAUGAAACUUUUUUUAUGAAUGUAUAUCAUAAGGUUUAUAAUCGUUAUCUUAAUAUAGAAAAAAAAACAAAUUAUCUUUAAUUUUAUAAAUUGUUUUUAUACUGUUUUAUUUUAAUUAGAUCAAUUUGUUUGCCAUUUGAAUCAUGUUAUUUUAUUUAUUUGUUACUUGACUGCCAUAAUAAUCAUAAUAUACCUAAUAUCUUAUCAAUAUAUACAGAGUAAUCAGUAUUAUAAUGAAAUACUAUGUGUGCUAAUAUUAAACUUAAAUAAUUUUUUAUUGUAAAUGAAAUAAAAUAAUGAUUUUUUCUGAAAUUUUCUUUUUGAAAAAUUAAAAUAUCUUUAUGUUAAAAAUUGUAAAAAAUUAUUUUGCCCUUAUUUAAUUAUGUUUGUUGGUAAAACCAAUUUUUGAUUUUAAAUGAUAGCUUGUGUUGAAAAAUCCAUAAAUUAACAAUGAUGAUUUACUAAAUGAAAUGUUAAUAAAAGGCAUUAUUGAUUCAUGUAUUUGAUUUUUAAUUUGUUUACCUAAGUUUAAAAAACAAACAAUAUGAUAAGUCUAUAUCAUAAGUUAGCACAAUAUUUUUCUUUGCAUUUAAUUUAAAUUCCUUAUUGUUGAUUGAUUAAAACAUGAUAAAUUAAUUUAUCAAAUUAACUUUUAUAAAAUAUUCUGUUGAUUCCAUUAAAGCUUUAGAAAUACUAAAAGUACUUUUAUUUAACUUAGAUAUCCUAAAACUGAUUCCAUAUAACAUAUUUUAUUACAUUAGACUUCUAUAUUAAAUGAAUAUGCUUGUACAUGUGAUCAUUUAAAAUUGAAUUUGGUUCUAUUAUGUAGAAAUUAAUAAAUUAUAUUUAUAUGAUUAUAGUGAAACUUAAUAAUUUAAAAUAAAUGUCCCUUAUUAAAACUAAUAAAUUAAAAUAAAAACUACAGAUUAGUCAAACUUAUUUAUCAGCAGUAUCAUUACAGAAUAUACUAUUCAAGACAAUUUAAUAGGUUUUUUUUUUUCAUAUUGUUUUAUGGUUCUAUUAUGCCUACAGCUCAUGUAUAACUGUACAGUAUCACCCAUGCAUAUAGUAUUAUAUUUUUAUUAUAUAUAUUUUUUGUUAUUAGAUCAACAAUGAUGAACCGAUCCGUGUGGUUGUAACUGGUGCUGCGGGUCAAAUAGCCUACUCUCUGAUCUCCAUGAUCGCUAAUGGUGAUGUAUUUGGAAAGGAACAAUCAGUAAUUUUACAUCUUUUAGAUAUUCUCCCUGCAAUGGGAGUUCUUGAAGGAGUAUGCAUGGAAAUUGAUGAUCUAGCUUUACCCCUUGUUAAAGGUUAGACGAUUUUACAUAAUUAAAAUAUGAUAUUGUUCAUAGAUAGCUAAUUGUUUUUAUUAUUAUUAUUCUAAUGUUGUAAAAUUGUUAUUCAGGUUAUGUGAAAACAAUUGAACCAGAAGUUGCUUUUAAAGAUGUCGAUGCUGCUUUCUUGGUUGGUGCAAUGCCAAGGAGAGAAGGUAUGGAAAGAAAAGACUUACUGUCCGCUAAUGUCAAGAUAUUUAAAGUGCAAGGUGAAGCUUUAGACAAGUACGCAAAGAAAGACGUUAAAGUUUUAGUGGUUGGAAAUCCAGCCAACACUAAUGCUUUAAUAUGCUCUUUCUAUGCCCCUUCCAUACCUAAAGAAAAUUUCACCGCCAUGACCAGACUUGAUCAAAAUAGGUAUAACUUGUAUAAUCAUAGUCUUAAAUUUUUUACAAUAUAAAUUUUGGUUUAAAAAUAUGAAUUACAGAGCCCAAUCAGCCAUUGCUAAACGUCUUAACACGUGUGUAAGUAGUGUAAAGAAUGUUACAAUUUGGGGCAAUCACUCAUCAACUCAAUUCCCUGACGUAUAUAAUGCAAAAGUUGAAUUAUCUGGCAAGUCAAAUGGUGUAUACUCUAGUAUCAAUGAUUCAGAAUGGCUUGAAAAUGAUUUUAUUAAGGUAAAGGCUGCUAAUUUAUUGAUAAAUUAAAUAUUUUUAAAUUUAAAUUUGACUUUUGUUAAAAUAUUUAGUGUGAUUUAAAUAAUUUGUAUUUUUAGACUAUUCAAACUAGAGGAGCAGCUGUUAUUCAAGCAAGAAAAAUGUCAUCAGCUAUGUCGGCUGCCAAAGCAGCCGUUGAUCACAUGCACGAUUGGUGGUUAGGUACACCAGAAGGUACUUGGGUUUCAAUGGGAGUUUUAUCUGAUGGUUCAUAUGGUGUGCCAAAAGAUUUAAUUUUCUCUAUGCCAGUAUCCAUUUCGAAAAAACAAUGGAAAAUUGUAGAGGUAUGACAAAAAAAAAAAACUGUUUAUUUUUCCUUUUUUUAAUUUAACUUUAUUCAUUAAUUAAAUUUUAUAGGGUUUGAAAAUCACUGACUUUGCAAAGAGUAAAUUAGAUUUAACAGCUAAAGAACUGCUUGAAGAAAAAGAAGAAGCUAUGGCCGUUUGUAACGCAUGACAUGUGUUACCCCCAACCGAUUGUAAGCUCUGAAUCUGUUGCUGUAUUCCGGGCACAAUUUUUUUUUCUCACUAGUGAUAAAAUAUGAGGUUUGGGGGUUACCAACCCAGUCUCGAGAUUGCAAUUCAUCAGUCUCAACUAUUCAAGAUCUUUCAAUGCUAAGUUCAUUCCAAAAACAAUUGUGCAUUAUUUAGUUUAUUUUAAUUUGUGUUACUACCUCAAAGUUUUUUAGCAUAUAAUAUUUGUAAAACAAUAAUGGUUACGGAAUUAUUUAUUUAUAACAAAAACAAAAUUAUUAAAAUGUACAUAAUAUAGAAAAAGGUGCCCGGAUUUAAAACUGUUAUUUAUUCAAUUUUUUUUCUUGUAAAAGUUGUGGGCCAGUCUGGAACAUAGUUUUCAUUUAUGUAAUUUUCCCUUGUCUGUGAAAGGAUAUUCAAAUUAUUUGUACUGCCAAAUAUUGACCCUAAAAAAAAAAAAACCAACAAUCAGGCGAACAUUAAUAGUGUACAAAAUAAAAUAGAUUAUACCAGAAUUCCUUAACCUGGGUAGUGCGGCCCUUUUGGGGGUCGCUAAAAAGUUAAAUAUUCAUUUAGAGGGCAACGACAGUAAAAAGGCUGAGAAACACUGGAUUAUACUUACCUCCGAGCCAAGAGAUAUAAUUUUCAUAAACAGGUGAUACAUGAAAUUUGAAUUUUGUGAUUUUCAAUUUACUAUACUUUGAAGAUUUUAAUUUUUCCAACAAUUCUUCUUUUAAUCUUGCCAUGAAACCUUUCGCCAUCACUGUACCACCAAUAAGGACAAUAUUUUCAGCGAGUUUUAAUCGAAUGUCUACAUUACUCUGUAAAUUAACAAAAUUUAAAAUAUUUGUAAAAAAAAAAAAAAAAAAAAAUACAAUUCACCAACAUUAUUUAAUGUUUCAAGUAUCAUUGUUGUCAAAGACAUUUCAUCUAUAUUUUCUUCGAAUAAUACAUCAUAAACAGUUUCUCUCACAUCGCCCAAUAUAGAAACAGAUCUCUCUCCAUCUAUAUGAUAUUCAACAUUGGUAGUUUUUGGUUCUAUACUUUGACCUGUUGCUAGAAUUUUGGCACGUUUUCUUAGAGUAACAAAACAGGUUCUGGCUGAAUACAAUUUUCAAAAAUAGUUAAUAAAUUUGUAUAACAUUGAUGCUUUAUUUAUUAAUAGUUAGGUACCUUUUAUGUCUUCAGCUAUAACGUCUACUGAUUGAUUUAGUGUUAAUUGACCUAUAUCAACUCGUGUUUUAAUUUGUUCCUCUACGAUUUCUCCAGCCAAUGGCAUUGCUUGCCAUAACCGUAAAACAGGUACUCCUUCGCAAACUGGUAUAAGAACAGCUUCUUUGUAACCAACAUCAAGUACUAAUGCCGUAGAAAUACCAAGUGUAAAUAAGGAAGCACAGUGUGAAGGCACAAAACAAAGAGAUGCGAUCUAAAUAUAUUAUUAUCAUUAAAAAUAGAAGCUUUUUGUAAUGGAUAUAAAAACCUUACUUCAUAAGUUAUGAACAACACUUUGGCAAGUAUUUCUUUGAAUUUUGUUGGUGACAACAAGGAUUCAACAAUUAUUACUUUUUUGUCUUUGGGUGCAACAAGAGCAUGUCUAAAAACAACAUUAUAUUGUGUUAUUUAGUUUUUUGUACUAUAUAUCAAUAGUGAACUUUGCAAUGUACUUUACUUGUAAAAUAAUAAAUGCAUGAAAUUUGAUAGUGCUAAUGUGAGUUUCUGAACAUUGUUAUAUUUAUAUAUAUCAGGAAUAGGUAUACCGUCUAUUUCACAAAAUGUCCGUAUAAUACAUCUGGGGGAAUGUUCAGUAGCAAAUCCAAAUCUAAAAGUUAUAUAAAAUUUAAAAUAUAAAGAUUCUUACACUAAUUUUGUUCAAUUACUUAUAAUACACU